CUAUGAUCCACCACGAAAACUUAUGGCCAUGCAGCGGCCAGGUCCCUAUGACAGACCUGGAGCUGGCAGAGGGUAUAACAGCAUUGGCAGGGGAGCUGGCUUUGAAUGGAUGAGGCGUGGUGCUUAUGGUGGAGGUUAUGGAGGCUGUGAUGAUUAUAAUGGCUAUAAUGAUGGCUAUGGAUUUGGGUCAGAUAGAUUUGAAAGAGACCUCAAUUACUGUUUUUCAGGAAUGUCUGAUCACAGAUAUGGGGAUGGUGGCUCUACUUUCCAGAGCACAACAGGACAUUGUGUACACUUGAGGGGAUUACCUUACAGAGCUACUGAGAACGACAUUUAUAAUUUUUUUUCACCGCUCAACCCUGUGAGAGUAAAUAUUGAAAUUGGUCCUGAUGGCAGAGUAACUGGUGAAGCAGAUGUCGAGUUUGCGACUCAUGAAGAUGCUGUGGCAGCGAUGUCAAAAGACAAAGCAAAUAUGCAACACAGAUAUGUAGAACUCUUCUUGAAUUCUACAGCAGGAGCAAGCGGUGGUGCUUACGAACACAGAUAUGUAGAACUCUUCUUGAAUUCUACAGCAGGAGCAAGCGGUGGUGCUUAUGGUAGCCAAAUGAUGGGAGGCAUGGGCUUGUCAAACCAGUCCAGUUACAGCGGCCCAGCCAGUCAGCAGCUGAGUGGUGGUUAUGGAGGUGGCUACGGUGGCCAGAGCAGCAUGAGUGGACAUGGCAGCCAAGGAGCAGUGAACAGCAGCUACUACUGUAGCGGAAGCCGAGCAUCUGUGGGCGUGAACAGAAUGGGAGGGAUGUCUAGCAUGUCCAGUAUGAGUGGUGGAUGGGGAAUGUAACUGAUCCUGAUCACUGACUCUUGGUCACCGUUUUUUU